AUGUAUUUGUCAACUCCCUGUAAGGUGGUGCUCAGAGCCCUGUGGAAACGAGGGCCUCAAGCAAAAAAGGCUGCUUCGCAGAUUGCUUUCGUCCGAGCCUUCAAUACCGAUGAUUGGAGUGUUCUUCCUGGCGACUCUCAUAAGAUCCAACGCUUUUACCAGGAAAAUCUAGAUGUGCGCAACCCGUACUCAAUUUGCCAAGGCGCAGCUUAUGAUCAGUGUAAAGUUGUGCAAACGUUGAGAUCACCCGUGCGAAUUAUCGGCAUCAAUCCGGGCUAUUCACUGGCAUUCGGAACAAGAAAAAUGGCCAAUGCACUGCUUGAUGACACCUCCAAGCCUAAGAUUCCUCCCAGUGAUGUAUAA